UGUGAUUUCUGAACCGGAAGAAAUUACUGAGUUGCGCGUGCACACGUUUUGGAAAGCUCGUGGGUCAGUUUUGUUUCGGCUUAAAAGUAAAAAGACGUUCUGUUAUAAGUAAUUAAAAAUUUUUUAUAUAUAUUAUUAGCAUUUGAGCGCCUGCAGUGAGGACCUGAGAGCAGCAUGGUUCGGGCAAGACGAGUCAUGCGAAGGCCCAAAGCAAGUAAGGUAGAAGAGUAUGACAGUGAUGAUCCUGCCUGCUAUAAAAAUGAGGAAGUCCCAGAUAAGAGCUCAUCCAAGAGUGUGCAGGAUAAAGUAGAACGUUUCCACAGUACAAAAAUCGCGAAUCUUUUGGCUCAAGGCGUGCAGCUGGACAGUGAACAAGAGGAUGAGGCUGAUGAGGAAGAGGUGAUGCCCCUGACACUUGAGGAUUCAGAUGAUGAAGAAGAGAGGAAUAGCAGUGAUGAAGAACAAGAACAGACUGAUAUGGAGAGUGAUCUGGAAGGAAAAAGGGAUGAUGAUCUGCCAAAUGACAUGGCCUGGGGGAGCAAGAAGAAAAUGUACUAUGACUCUGAUUAUAAGACUAAAAAAGGAAAGCUGUUGGAGGAGGCAGAAGCAGAGGAUAAGGAGGAAGAAGAGGAAGCCAAGAACAUUCAAAAACGACUAGCGGCCAACCUGAGUGAGGAAGACUACGACCUAAACAUGCUCCAGGACUUUGCAGUAGAAGUGGAGGCUGAGAAGACUGAAAAGACUGCAGGAAAGGAGCAGAGGAUCAUUAAAGACCUAAACACAAUGUCACAGAAAGAGAAGCUCAAACUGCUGAAGAAGGAGAGUCCAGAGCUGCUGGAGCUCAUUCAGGAUUUCAAGGCUAAGCUGACAGAACUGCGAGACGAGAUACAACCCAUGGUGCAGAUGAUAAAAGAUGGACAGAUUCCACCAGGAAAGGGGGCAGAUUAUCUCAUGACCAAGGAGCAACUUUAUUUUAACUAUUGCACAAACAUUAGUUUUUACCUGGUUUUAAAAGCCAAGAGAAUUCCAGCACAUAACCAUCCAGUGAUUGAGAGAUUGGUGACCUACAGAAAUUUAAUCAAUGAACUAGGAGCUGUUGAUGCCAAACUCUCCCCUCAGCUGCGCCAGCUGCUUUCUGAAAGGCAGGAAGAGAGAGCAGCUAAAAAAACACAGAGGAGCAAAAAGGACAAGCAUGAAAUAUCAAAGGUGGCAGAUAUGCAGGAGGCUGAAGAGUCUGACUCGGAUGAAGAGGCAGCCCUGCUCUUCUACAAAGGCAUCGAGGAGAGACUGAAGCUAAAGAGAAAGAACAAGAGGCUGCCAGAGGAUGGGUUAAUGAUGGACCAGGAGGAGGCGGAAGAAGAAGCAGAGAUGAACGGAGAGACUAAAAGGGGCAUUACUUACCAGAUGGCCAAGAACAAAGGACUCACUCCAAAGAGGAAGAAAAUUGACCGCAAUCCCAGAGUCAAACACAGAGAGAAAUUCAGACGCGCCAAGAUUCGCAGGAAGGGUCAGGUUCUUGAGGUUCGGCGUGAGGAGACGAGAUACAGCGGGGAGCUAUCUGGAAUUCGUGCUGGAAUUAAAAAGAGCAUCAAGCUCAAGUGAUCUCAAUCACUUGAAAGAGCAUCAAGAUCCAGUGAUAUCAAGCAAUUAAAAAGUCAAGACCAUUCAGUUUGGGUAAAAUCAGAUGUUUAUUUGCGAACCAUUUGUUACAAUGUGCACAUCCAUGAAAUUAAAAAAAAAACAAAAC